AUGUGUAGCUAGCACGAUCUACCAAUAAAAGAAGGGCCUGUUCGUUUCAUGUGGAUCUGGAUCGCAAUCUGUUGGAUCACUGAUUCCAGAACCCACAUUCCAUGAACCUGAUCAGGGUCCAGACCCGUGUGAAACAAGUGGGCCCAAAUGAUGUUGGUACAUGCACACGGUGUGGCACAGUCAUGACAAUGGGCCAUUAUGAGCAGACCCAACUGUAGCGCUAUGGUUUCAGGGGUGCUUGGCAGUCAACUGAACUGUCAAUCCCACCACCAAAUGCCUGUUCUCACUAUAACACAGCCAAUUGUGGUUUGUCAGGGAUGACUAGAGCACAGCUUUUGACCACCUACAUUUGUACCUCCAUGGUUAGACCCAUAAUUGUGGCAGUGUGGCAAUUACACCACCAGCAUGUUACCGAGUGAAGCACAUUGGAAUGCAAUAGCGGAUAUCCACCAAUUUUUCCAUCAUGUACAUCAUGAUCUUUUGUGCUUGAGUAAUAACUUUCCUCCAGUAACUCUAUCCCUUGAAUCAGUGCCAACUUUGUACAUGUACAAUGUAUGUAUGCAUGUAUUUGUGCACCAUCAUUAGUUGUCAUGCCUGAGCUCGCAGGUGAUCAACCAUCCAUUAAGUCAAACCUUGUCGGUUAUCUCACCAAAGUGAUUUGUUGGAGCUUAAGUUCACAACGAAAUACAACAACUUGUCAUCCGGCCUAUUUAUCCCUAAGUCUUCUAUAAAUCUUACCCCCAUCUCUUGUGCCAUCUUGCACUGAUGCAUUUGUGUGUAUUUGUCUGUCAAUUGCCACCUUCCUGCCGGAUUGCCCCAUCAAGGAUAUGGGGUGCACAAUUUAGUUGGCCAUAUCUUCAACAUACACGUACAUAGAGUGCUCUCUACCAAAAUUGUGCAUCAUUUGCACGAUCCUGCUGCUGUGUCCAAGCACUCAAACAUUUCUUCUCAUUCGUUCUGCCAGCUCAGACAACACUGUCUUGGAAAAAUGUCACUCUUCAGUGGGAUGAAACUGGCUAGCUCUAGCCCUGACAAUCCAUCCAAAGGUGGUUCUCGUAUGGCAGAACCAAAGGUUACAAAACCACUUGCCAGAACUGAAACGGUACAGACAGCUGCCCAAGAAACCAGCAACCAGAGUCAGUUCUCCUUUAUACUGAAAGUUGAUGAUGGAAAGCAGGAAAAUAGGCCUACUUGUAGGUCAAAAGAAGGUGCAAAUGAACAUGGUGAAGUGGAUGACCAGCGGUCGUGGAAGGACAGUUCCCCAGUGGCCUCACAGUCGCAACCCCCCAGCCAGGUCUUAGAUGACCUGAACUUUGACCUUGACCCUAUUAAAGUCAACAGGGAUGCCAAAACGCAAAGCUGGAAGUGCCAACCUACUGGCUUCGAUCUUCAAGAUUUGGAUUUCAGUCAGCUACGUGUAUGCGAUCGGGAAACCCCAGAUCUUGGGGAUGAACAUUCCUCUCUGGACGUUGUGAGAUCAGCCAGUAGUUUCAGUUUUAUUACAAAGGAAACCUCGGUUACCAGCAUGGAAAAGAGUGCCAUUGAAGAAGACAGUCAAACUCAGGGAUUGUCAGAUGAAGUACAUGUAGUGAGGAAAGGCAGAGCUGAGAUUCAUGUAUGGGAGACCACAAGCAGAGGUGAUGAUGGAGAUCUCAGCUUGUUGGACAGGCGGAAAGCCAUGCAAGAAGAACACAUGCAGCGACUGGGUCUCAUUAAGAAGGCUGCCUGUGACUUGACAAGCCAGGCAGUGCAACUUGCCAAAGAAUGCGUGUUGUCUGGACAGCAUCUGGCGGAGAAGCAACAACAGAUGCAGGUGCUGCAGCAGCAGGAACAGGAGGCUGUGGGCGAAGAAGACUACGAAAGAGCUGAAGACCUUCAGCACCAGUGUCAGGCCUUAGAGGAGGUUAUUCGACAUUCCCACAGCUUGCUGCUACCAAAUGACCACCCAGCGCUGCGCAGUCUCCUCAAGGAACUCCAGUCACUGUACCAGCAGGAGAGAGUCGAACGAGAGGGCGUAAUCCGGGAGCAACAGAGGCUGAUUGCCCAGCAGGAGGAGCGUGUGGCCUGUGCCAGGGGACACCGUGCACAGUGGGAAGCGGAUCGCUUGCGCAAGGUACAGGAGGAGAGAAGCAAGCUCGACAGAGACCUUGGGCAUCUACAUCUGGACAAAGACCACUUGUUUAAAAGAGAGACGUGCCUAGCAGAACAGAUUGCUGAAGGAACUGUUCAUUUACGUCAGUCCAGAGAUUCACUGAUGGAAGACAGGGCAAGGGUGCAGGAGGAAAUCGAGAGCUUAGAGGCCAAACUAUCCGCCCUGCGUCUCCGGGAGAACAUCUUCUCAGAAGCGAUACUGAAGAAAGACCGUGAGAUGGAAACAGUGACUGCCGGCUUCAAGGAUGAGCAGUCGGCAUUGGAGAAAGAGAAGGGAACCCUGGAGGGGGUGGAGCUGGAGCUGAGGAGGAGGAGAGAGCAACUGGACAAUGAGGAACAAAGGUUGGCUGGUAGGAUGGAGGAAGUCAAGAUGACAGAGGAAAGUGAAACCAGACUACUGGUGGACUUGCGAGAAGAUCUCUCCAAACAGGAAGAUGCCAUCAGCAAUCUUGAAGACAAGGAUGGUUUUACUCUUGCCGAAAUUUGGCUGGAGAACAAGUCUACCCCGCUGUCCGAGAGAAGAGAGAAGUUACUGAAGCAGAAAGAGGCAGCACAACUGAAGUACGAGAAAGUGCAGAAAGCGACAUCCAGCCUUCUUCAGAGCCAGACCCGAGUGGUAUCUCUGAGGAAGAGAGUGAGUGACACGGAGGGCCACAUAGCCUCACUGACUGAGACCAAACAGCUAGCUGUGUCAGGUCGGAACUUUGCGGAGGCUAAGAGGCUGACAGAGGAGAUCAAGCAGCUCACAGCAGAAGGGCAGAGCAUCCAGAAGGAGAUGGAGGAGGUGAGCAAGAGCAACGAGGAGAGGAGCGAGACGGUGAAGACGAUGAUGGAAGAUGCGGAGAGGAUGCAAGAAGAGAUCAAUGAGGAGGAGAGAAAAACAGAAUUAAUGAUCAAAGACAACCUUGUGGAGCAUAUUGCAAACGUGAGAGAUAGGCUUCAGAGCAUUUCCUCGAGCUCCUUGAUGAGGACACUCCUCAAAGCCGAGUUGGCGUCCAGUGCCUUGCAGGCAAAGUUGCUGUGCCUCAAACACGGAGAGCCGUUCCUGGCCGAGGUGGAAGAACUAACAGAGGGUUCUGUGGUGGAGGAAAUUGACGAUUGUCCGGAGUUGACGCAGGAAGAACAUCAGGUUGGGGAGGAAUUGCCAAGUGAUGAAGGAUUGAAGACAGCACAGAUGGAAUUAGAGAGACUUGAAAGCCAGCUACAAGAAGCAGUACAGCAGGAGGACUACGACAGAGCUGAGCUUCUUCAGAGGCACAUUGAUGCAAUCCACCAGCAGAACCAGACUUUGGAAAACAACAGCUGACCAAAUGAGGUUCAUAAUUGCUGCUCGCCAGCAGAACCAGACUUCGGGAAAACAACAGCUGACCAAAUGGGGUUCAUCAUUGCUGCUCGCCAGCCGAACCAGACUUCGGAAAAUAAGAGCUGACCAAAUGGGGUUCAUAAUUGCUGCUCGCCAGCCGAACCAGACUUCGGAAAACAACAGCUGACCAAUGGGGUUCAUAAUUGCUGCUCGCCAGCAGAACCAGACUUCGGGAAAACAACAGCUGACCAAUGGGGUUCAUAAUUGCUGCUCGCCAGCCUUUUAAGUGCCACUGAUUUUUCCUGGUUUUAUAUCUGUGCAUACCCGUAUUAAGUGUUUUAUAACAGUAAAACCCUAUGUCAGAUGGAGUUGAGACUUCACGAAUGUAGAUGUUCAUAGUUAAUGAGCAUGAGAAAUUUCAAAGACAAAAGUAUAGGACAACUGAGACGGGGGGGGGAUCUGACCAGCACACGCCCCUUUAUGAAUAGUCACACCCCCUUAUGAAUAGUGGGAAUACAAUGACUAUCAAGGAUGUGAAAUAAGUCAAAAGAGAAGUGACAGCAAUGUAGCUAGUCAAAAAAAAAAUGGUGAUUGUGUUCAUAUCUGUGUGGUUUUCGUAUUUGUUAUGACGUACUUGCCAUUGAUAGUUCGGUGCAAUAUAGCUUACUUUAGUGCAAGUUUAACCACAUCUUAUCAUUCGGGUUACAUUGCAAUGGCAUGUAAUUUUGUAGCAUGCUUUUCCAUUUCGAAUGGUACUUUGGCCUCAGAAAUCUUUUUCAGGAGGAAGCAUUGAAACAUGCGCAUAUCACGUCACACACAAGAGAUGAUAUCCGUGGAUGAGACGUUCUGUGUACUUGCACACAAUUGGUUCACGGAGACAUUGAAAUCCUGAGCUCAAUUGGUGCUCAGUUUUCAGAAGAAAUAAAACAUUCGUUUACAGUGCCGUCUCAGAGCUAGAGGCAAUCUUUACAAUGGCAGCAUGCAAGGACAAACACCAUCACUGGAUGGAUUGUACCAUUACUGUUUCGAUGCCAAUAGUUGUCAUAAAAUUACUUGAUAAUAGAAAAUGUUAUCUCUGAAAUUCGAGAUACUCCCCUAAUCUUCAAUUGUGCAAUUAAUGGUUGAUAGCUUUUAAUGUGUAAUUGGUUUGUUUAUUGUUUUAAUAACAAA